AUGGUCUUGCACAGUCCCGCGCUGCCGGGUAUUGGCAGUGCGACGUCGGCAAUGUGUCUGCGGAGAGUCGCUGCGCGAAGUGCCGAGGGCUUGCCACGGACGAUUCUACGAAAUACAUCUCAGAGAUCGUUCAACACAUCAUCCAUAAAGGCGACAUCCCGGAUAGUGUUCGAUCGAUCAAGUCCGUCCCCUUCUAGUGCGAAGUCAUCGAUACCAUAUGGGCAGAGGCAACUUUCGAGUCUACAUUCGCAAUUCCAGAAGGAUGGUAUCUGGGCGGCGAACUCGGCACUAGUACGCAACGGUAUACAGCGAAGAACAUUGUUCGGGAGCAGCAAUACAAGUUCAAGGAAUUUAGCGAAUUUGGAGGAAACUGCGAACAAGAAUCCUACGAGCGCGACCGCCCAAAAUGCAUUUUACCAGGCGCUGCAAAGAGCUGGUAUGCCAGCGAUAAUUGUAGAACGAUACCAGACGAACGCCUUUGCAACAAAUCCUUCUUGUGAAGCCGCAUAUCACCGCGCGCUUGGGGCUCUUGGUCAGGCUGGUGGUGCUGGUGCUAUGCAAGCUGGACAGUCUGGAAAUCUCAGCGCCGCUCAACUACAAGCUAUUGGUCAGGCAGUCGCCGCUUCUUCUCGUGGUGCCAAUAUUGGGAUCUCUACUGGUGCGACUACUUCUUCUGGGGCUGGAGCAAAAGAUGCGCCUCUACAUGUCGUGGUUGAAGAAACUAUUGGUGGCUCCAUUUUCAAAUGGGUUAAAUUUGUCAUGUACUUUGGUUUGGUAACUUACAUCUGCUUGAUCGUUGUCGCUAUGGUAAUGGAAACGUUUCAAGUGUUCAAGAAAGUUGGUGGAAAGGCCGAUAACGAAGCCAAAGCCGAACACCAGAACGUACGCUUUUCAGAUGUCCAUGGCUGCGACGAGGCGAAAGACGAACUCCAGGAAGUUGUUGAAUUUCUCAAGAACCCAGAUAAGUUCUCUACUCUUGGUGGCAAACUCCCUAAAGGUGUUCUACUCGUUGGCCCUCCUGGUACUGGAAAGACACUUCUUGCGCGAGCUGUAGCUGGCGAGGCUGGCGUUCCCUUCUUCUUCAUGUCUGGAUCUGAAUUCGACGAGGUCUAUGUUGGUGUAGGAGCGAAACGUGUUCGUGAGCUCUUUGCGGCAGCUAAAGGAAAAUCACCUGCGAUCGUCUUCAUUGAUGAACUCGAUGCAAUUGGAGGAAAGCGAAAUGCACGGGACGCCGCCUAUGUCAAGCAAACUCUCAAUCAACUUCUCACUGAACUCGAUGGAUUUGAGCAGAAUAGCGGUGUUAUUAUCUUGGCCGCUACUAACUUUCCGGAAAUGCUCGAUAAGGCUCUUACUCGACCAGGUCGCUUUGAUCGAAAUGUCGUCGUACCACUUCCUGAUGUCCGCGGUCGUCUGGCUAUUCUAAAACACCACAUGAAAAAGGUUAUCAUUGGUAAAGAUGUCAGCCUUGAAACACUAGCUCAAGGUACUCCUGGAUUUUCUGGUGCCGAAUUGGAGAACAUCAUCAAUCAAGCUGCUGUACAUGCCAGCAAAGCCAAAGCGCAAGCCAUCUCAAUGACGGAUUUUGAGUGGGCAAAGGACAAGGUCAUGAUGGGUGCCGAAAAGAAAUCUAUGGUAAUUGGUCAAAUGGAAAAGGAAAUGACCGCCUAUCAUGAGGCUGGUCAUGCUCUGGUUAUCAUGUUCUCACCUGCUUCAAACCCAUUGCAUAAAAUUACCAUCAUGCCACGUGCUCAGUCUCUUGGUAUGACAACACAUUUGCCAGAGAUGGACAAAUACUCAAUGAGCAAGGAUGAGUAUGAAGCCCGGAUCGAUGUCUGCUUGGGUGGAAAGGCUGCUGAAGAACUCAUUUACGGGCCUGAACGUGUUACUAGUGGCUGCUCAAAUGAUAUCCAACAAGCGACUCAAGUUGCAUAUUCAAUGGUUACAAGGAUGGGCAUGUCACCCCUAUUAGGAAAUGUUGAUCUCGACUCCAAUCACGAUUCUCUGUCUCCAGCGACAAAGGAAUUAAUCGAGAACGAAGUCCGCCGACUGAUCGAGGAAGGCCGCGAACGUGCUACCAAGAUCCUCCAGAGCAAGCGCAAGGAACUCGAUUACCUAGCUGCAGCUCUCCUCGAUUACGAGACCCUCAACAAGGAUGAAGCGUUCAAAGUUAUCAAGGGUGAGAAGUUGGAGGGUAAGGCUAUCAUGCCUAGAGGUGCCAUCAAGAUCCCAAUCUCGGCGAGGCCUUCAGGCUCGUUACCUGGGGUCGCACCACUUCCUGGAAGUCAACCAGGUGGCGGGGAUGAUAGAGAGCCACCCGCUCCUGCUGGCGGAGCUGUCGCGUAG